UUGCCCCCGCCGCUCGCACGAACCAGGAGCGAGGCCCCCUCGCGCAAAAAAGCCCGGCUAGGGUUCCACCCACCGCCGCCUCCCUGCCACAUUCGCUCCCUCUCUUCGCUGAUCCACCUACGACACGCUUCUCUUCUUCGAUGCGGCCUAACCGCGUCCCGUUCGCCCGCCCGGCCACCUGCCCGUGAGGGUUUCCGCGGCACCGCCGCCGCCGGCUGCCAUUCACGCCCACGCCGAGGGAAAGGCCGUAGUCAAGCCGUGGGGCGGGGGCAUCGGCGACGGGGCUGAUGCGACGGACCUCCAUGCGCCCUCCAAUCCGAAUGCCCUCUCGUCCACGUCUACAUCUGUCCGUUUAUCUCCUCUGAGUCAGAGUGCCCUCCGUCAGAACUCUUUGUCAGCAUGGCGGCCGGUGGCAGCGGCCAUCUACGAUCUGUUCGUGCGUUGCCCUGAUGGAGGCGGCCGUGCUCCAUAGCAAGGCAGAAAGGGAAACCAACUUCAACUUUGCGAGGAGAAGUUCCGCAUUUGAGAAGCCGGAGAAGAGUAUCUCACUAAGUACAGAUUCGAGCAGCCGACUCCGUCGAUGUCGUGCUCGUUUACCAGCCAUGCAUUCCAGACAAGUUGAAUGCCGGUGGCAACAGACAUUCAACGGCACCCUCGUCGGCGCUCUCCUCACAGGACCCCGCCUCCCACGCUGGACCUCCUUGCCGCCCGCACAACGCUAUUACUCCACGCACGCAUGGCCAAACUUCCUCAUAGGGGUGCGUAGGUGUGUCGUUCCUGCAGACCUAUUUUUUGGUGCUACGUUGACAUGCUAG